GACCUGAAGAGAUUUGAGGUGAUAAGUGCACAUUGCUUUUAGAGGCACGCUGGAAGCCACUUAGACAGGACCCCUCAUGCAGCGACGAAGGGAGGCUGCAUAACUACAUCAAGGAAACCAGUUACAUUACAUAAUUUCCUGACUCAAAGCAACGGAACGCUGGUGUGGCAUGGAAGUGGAGACGUGGUUGCUGCUGGCGACGGUGGCAGUGUUGGCCUGGGUGUACUCCAGGUAUCGCCACAGCUACUGGUCCUACAGAGGCGUGCCCUCCCCGCCUACCUUACCCUUCCUCGGACACAUCCACAAGUCGUUCUUUGUUAAUAGAACCUUGUGGGAGUACAAUCAGGAGAAUUACAUCGCGUUUUACAAUGCGUCAAAGUGUGGACUGUAUGAAUGGUUCACUCCUUUGUUGGUGAUAUGGGAUCCUGAGCUCAUUAAGAAUGUCUUCGUUAAGGAUUUCAACUACUUCACGGACCAAAGAGAUUUCACGGGUUUGAAGACUGGCAGUAAGAGAGAUGAAAUGGUGCUGGAGAUGCUUUCUCUCAAAAAUGGUGCUGAGUGGAAGAGUCUGCGGGCCAUCAUGACGCCCACCUUCACUUCAGGCAAGAUCAAAAGAAUGUUCUCUUUAGUGAGCGACAAGGCCGAUGCUCUCGUCAGUUUCUCAAUGAAACAAGCGGCAGAAAACUCCUACGUAGAUAUGAAGAAUAACUUUGAACGAUUCACUAUGGACACAAUUGCUUCUUGUGCCUUUGGUAUUGAAUGUAACUCUCUGAUUGACAAAAAUGCGGAAUUUCCUCGCAAGGCAGAAAUAGUCUUCAAGAUCUCAAUACAGACAAUGUUAAAAAUCGCACUCUGCAAGAUCAUGCCGAGGCUCUUCAAGUUAACCGGCCUCAGUAUAAAUCCUCCGGAGACAGAUUUCUUCAUCGACGUUGUAAAGCAGACUAUUGCAGACAGAGAAACUGGAAAGAAGCGUGGAGACUUUCUGGACCUGUUGCUGGAGGCACGGGACCAAUCCGACAACCUUAGCAGUAAACUCGUGAUGAACGACAUCAGUAUGGUGGCGCAGUGCUUGUUGUUUAUCGUCGGUGGAUACGAAACCACUGCCUCCUUGUUGGCUUUCUCAUGCUUCCUGCUGGCCAAGCACGAGGACCAGCAGCAGCGCCUGAGAGAAGAGUUGCGGGGAAUGGUGGCGGAGCACGGGGGUAUCACCUACCAGGGCAUCAUGGAAGCCAAGCUGCUCGACGCCUGCCUUCAGGAAACUCUUCGGCUUUAUCCUCCUGCCGUGAUUCUAGAACGUGCAUGCACCAAGACCUACAAGUUACCCGACACUGACCUGACCCUGAAGCCAGGAGACCUGGUGCAGGUGCCCAUCUGGAGCAUCCACCACGACCCCCGCCACUGGCCAGACCCUGAGGUGUUCAUUCCAGACCGCUUCUUGCCUGAGAACAAAGGCAACAUCCAACCCUUCACACAUUUGCCCUUCGGGGUGGGUCCCAGGAACUGCAUAGCCAUGAGAUUUGCUCUUUUGGAAGCUAAGGUAGCCCUAUCUAAGCUGCUGUUGGAGGCAGAGCUGAAUGCGGCGCCGGGACAUGAAGAGGUAGCCUUAGAAACAGCUAAUGGCCUGCUGCGUCCCAAGGAGGGUGUGAUACUCGUGUUGAAGCAAGUCAAGAAGUGAAGUAUUGUUCUGUGGACCAUAAUCUGAAAUACUUCUGCGCCGCACCUCCAUUACUUUCAAAAGGCUCUAGCUCAAGUUCCACAGGUUUUUAAGAAUGCUUUUACGGUUCUAGUGACAGAUUUCUACAAUAGUGACAAUUUCCACAAUAUCAACAGGAGAAACACUUUUGAGAACCAUGGUAAUAAUCUCUGUGGCCUCUGAAAAUAGUCGUGACAAGAAGAAAAAGCAUCCCUGAAUAAGGCCCGUUGCAUCGCUGGGACACACUCAACACCAGUGCUGAGAUGACAUAGCAGUACACACUUUUGCUGUUGCGUCUCGUACUUCAAGAACCCAAGUCUCAAUGGUUUACGUCGUUGUAGUCCUCCAUUGUUAAUAUUCAUCUGUGUUGCCUGAGUAUCAACAUCUUAACUAUCUCAUAA